AUGACCAGCCAGAACGCCAACACGACCAAUGCCGACGCGGCCGACGCGUCGCCCACUCCCGAUUCGGAGUCCCAGCCGAAACAGCGGGCCGCUGACAUCCAGAUACUCUACGACGUCAUGGGUCUUCCGCAGGACGAUCAGCCCGUGUUCGACAUGUUCCGCGAGGAGCUGCACAACAGGCUUCUCCGCGCUUCAUACGCCGGUCAAGAAGGUGACCUCGUCCACAACGCCGUCAGCUCACAUACCCUCCUCGCGGACCAGCCUUCCACAAACAAGAGCUCGACCGCAAACAAGCCCGAGGACACGACUCACGACAACAGCGAGGCCAUGAGCACCCAAAGGGCCAACUUCCUCCCCCCUCCGCCGCGCGCCCCCACCAGCUCACACGCGCCGAAGAGCUGGGCAAAGGUCAAGCCGAGCCCCGAGUACGGCGCCCUGCACUUCCCAGGCCACGAGCACUACACCGACGACGAGAUCCCCAUCACCGGCAACAACGGCUUCAUGCUCCUCCACCGGCGGCCACGCUUCGUCCCCGAAGGCCGGCACCUCAUCUCGCGCGACUCGCAGCGCCUCGACCAAGCCGCGCAAUGCACGCUGCACUACGUCUCCAACGCCGCCGGCGCCACGCCCCGCAUCCAAACGGCGACGUACCCCGACGCCAGCCAGUCGACCCCUCCCGCCGACAUCGACUUCACAUCCACCCCGCACAUGCGCCUUCUCGAGAGCUGGGUAGCGCACUUCCUGACGACGCACGGGGCGGGGGAAGCGGCGGCCCGCGGCCGGCGCCGCGCGGCGCUGGUGCCGUAUCUGCAGGCGGAGCGGGAGUGGAUGCGGCGGCUGUUCGAGUGCCGGCCGCGGUGUCCGAUGGCCGAGCUGGCGCGGCGCUUCAACGCGUAUUGGGGCGGCAGGGAGGUGCCUGGCGUCAAGGGGAGGAGGCCGCGGCGGACGGAGGGCGCGUUGGCGAAUGAGGUGUAUCGCGAGGGGUUGAAGAGGAAGAAGGUGUAUGAGAUUAAGGGGAAGGGAGGGGUGGAGGAGGAUGCUGGCGAGGAUGGUGGCGUUGGUGGGGAUGGAGAGGACCAGCGCGAUGUUGAUGGUAGGGCUGGAUGGCAGGCGGGCGAGAAGCGGCAACGGCGUGAUGGUGAUGAUGAUGAGGAGGGCGGCGAUAGUGGUCGGAUCGUGCAUGAGGAGCGUGACCAGCAUGAUGUUGGCACUGAGAUUGGCGACGACGGAGAGGAUGGCCGGAAGGGAGCCGAGAAGCGCAACCAGCGCAACGUGGAAGGCGAAGAAGAUGGUAGCAGUGUAAAAGGAGGUGACGGCCGAAAGGUGCGUGACAAGGGCGACCAGGACGAUGUUGUCGACGAGGUUGGCAACAAGGAAAAGGAUGGCCUGAAGGCACACGAGGAGCGCGAUCAGCACGAGGUUAGUGACAUGGAUGACGGCCAGAAGGAAGGCGAGAAGUGUGAUCAGCGCAGCGUUGACAGCGAGCAAAACGACGAUGGUGGGGUGGUAAGUGAUGGCCAGAAGAUGCGCGAGCCGCACAAAAUGCCCAGGAUGCGCAACCAGCACGACGUUCACGACAAUAGCGAUGACCACAUUGGCAAUGACACGGGCUUCUAUCACUAG